AUGAACGCUACACCAAAACAGACUGUUCGCGCAAGGCUCCCAAAGUUAGAGGUGAAAAGAUUUAAUGGGAAAAUUCAAGAGUGGCAAGAAUUUUGGGACUCUUUUGAUAGCUCGGUCAACCAGAAUGACGCUUUAUCCGAGGUAGAUAAAUUCGCGUAUUUGAAAGGUCUACUGGUUGGUCCCGCGCAGACAACUAUCGCAGGGUUCACGUUGACAGCAACGAACUAUAAAGAAGCAUUAGAACUCCUGAAGACACGAUAUGGGAAGAAAAUGGCGAUACAGAGAGCUCAUAUUCAAGCGUUAAUAAACAUAAAGCCAGUAUACAACGAGCGAGAUGUGCGUCGACUACGGGAAUUGUACCAUGCCUGUGAGACAAACUGCCGAGCUCUGAAAACCCUGGGAGUGGACGAAAGUUCGUAUGCUACGAUUGUUGUUCCGGAAAUACUCGACAAGCUGCCGGAAUCCCUUCGUUUGACGAUAACUCGUGGGUCAAGUGCAGGUGGAUCAGAUUUUCUAUAUUGGACGAUGAAGGAUAUUUUAAAAGCGCUGCUAGAUAAAAUUGAAUUACGCGAAGCACACGAAUCAUCUACGACGAACACGUCAAAACAAGAACGAAGGAAACCACAGUUUCUAGAUGGAUCGGCGGCUGCUCUUGUGAAUCAUACCACCAGGGAAGGGAAGGCAAUAUGCAUAUAUUGUUUACAAGAACAUUUAUCACAAGAUUGUAAGAAAAUUCAGAAUGCUGGUGAGCGUAAACAGAUUCUUCGUAAGUACGGACGGUGUUUUAUAUGUUUAAAAAGAGGACAUAUUGGUAGUAAUUGUUUAAAUACGAGUAAAUGA